CUUUCUUUGUAUUUCAGGACAAAUGAUAAAAGGAUGGGAUGAAGGUAUCAAAUCUAUGAAGAAAGGUGAACAAGCCAUCUUCACGAUACCUCCCGAGCUGGCUUAUGGCGAGUCUGGAUCCCCACCAACUAUUCCUCCUAAUGCAACCCUUCAAUUUGAUGUUGAGUUGCUAUCUUGGACUAGUGUCAAGGACAUCUGCAAGGAUGGAGGGAUAAUUAAGAAGAUACUCAACGAAGGAGAGCAGUGGCAGAACCCCAAAGAUCUGGAUGAAGUAUUUGUUAAGUAUGAAGCUCGGCUUGAGGAUGGAACACUUGUGUCAAAAUCUGAUGGGGUGGAAUUCACUGUUGGAAAUGGGUAUUUCUGUCCUGCCCUGUCAGAAGCUGUGAAAACAAUGAAAAAGGGUGAAAUGGUCCAUCUGACAGUGAAGCCACAAUAUGCAUUUGGGGAGAAGGGCAGACCAACAAUUGGUGAGGAAUGUGCCGUGCCACCAAAUGCCACUCUUCAGAUAAAUCUUGAAUUGGUUUCAUGGAAAGUUGUUUCAGAAAUUACCAAUGAUAAGAAGGUUUCAAAGAAAAUAUUAAAGGAAGGAGAGGGAUACGAGCGUCCAAAUGAUGGAGCAGUUGUUCAAGUAAAAUUGAUUGGGAAGCUGCAAGACGGGACUGUCUUUCUGAAGAAGGGACAUGAUGAGGAGCCAUUUGAAUUCAAAAUAGAUGAAGAACAAGUUAUUGAUGGACUUGAUAAAUCUGUCAAAACAAUGAAGAAGGGAGAGAUUGCGCUUGUAACAAUUCAUCCAGAUUAUGCUUUUGGUUCAUCCGCAUCACACCAUGAAUUAGCUGUUAUACCUGCCAAUUCCACUGUGUAUUACGAGAUCGAGAUGGUCUCCUUUGUGAAGGAAAAAGAAUCUUGGGAAAUGAGUACACAGGAGAAGGUUGAAGCUGCUGGAAAGAAGAAACACUACAAGAAAUGUUUGUUUUAA